GCUCGUGGGGAUGUCGCGAGCAGAUGUUGCUAAAAUAAAUCUCCCCAAUCCGAUGGAAUUCUUUCACAUCGACCAAUUAUAGUGCGCGGAAAAAGAAAUCAUUCAUGACUGGACAUUUCCUGCGUUCAGAUCCAGUGACAAAUGUGGAGAUGGCUUACCUAUCUUCUUGCGGAACUGCAUUACGUCACUGCGGUGCGAAUUUUCUGAAAGAGAAUCUAACGACAGCCCACAGCAGCCCGUUUGCUCAGCUGUAUUUACAGGGAGACUCCGGCUAUUACCCUGAUUUCAGCAGAUAGAGCGUGGGAUUGCCACGUGAUUCGGGUUGCCAAUGUGCUCAUUCAACGCACUGAGCAUCAUGGCUGCGGAGGCUGCGGCGGCUGCUCGCUCUCCGGUCCGCAUCCCGCCACCACGCUCACUGUCCCUUCUGCUGGUUUUCGCCCUUUAUUUCCCCGCUGCGGCUGUCGGCCUGCUCGGGGUCCGCCCGGAGGACACGAGCGGAGAGCUGUCCGUGGAGGACGGGGUGCUGAAGGCCACCGAGGGAACGCGCUUCAUGCUGCGCGUCUACUACGCAGCCUCGCAACCCAGGCUCAACAGAACCGCCAGCGGCAGAGCCACCGCGGCCACGGCGCCGUGGAUCGCCUUCAUCGAAGAGCCCAGCCCGGGGAGAGAGGGGCAGGUCCACCCGAAGCGGAACCUGUGCAUGGACAAGAACGCCCGGACGUCCGACAUCGAACUAUUAGGCUCCUUCAAGUCCGCCUCCAGCCAGAAUUCGGUCUUGGUGGAACUUCUGGCCAAAGACCUGCGCAGAGGUGAGAAAAUCAAAUAUUACUCUAUGUGUGCCUUUGACGGGACGAAGUGGGAGCACUUCAGGACUAAAGAUUUCUGGCUGGCCGUGGUAGAACGCUCCCCAGAACCCGACCUCUGGCUCCAGGUGCUAGUCUCAGUAGUGUUACUGGGGCUCUCGGCGUUGUUCAGUGGGCUUAACCUAAGUCUGCUCGCCCUGGACCCCGUGGAACUCCAGGUGCUUCAGAACAGCGGCACAGACAAAGAGCAGAAGUAUGCGCGCAGAAUCGAGUCGGUCAGAAAACACGGAAACUACGUGCUCUGCACCUUACUUUUGGGCAACGCGCUCAUCAACGCUUCUCUGGCAGUCUGGAUGUGUCAAAUUCUCGGCAUGACUUGGCUGUCGACCGCCAUCUGCACUUUCGGCAUCUUCUUCGUCGGGGAAAUUCUGCCGCACUCGGUCGCCUCCAGGCACGGGUUGGCAAUAGCCUCCAAAACCAUCUGGGUGACACGGUUGCUCAUGGUGGUAUCUUUCCCUAUCUCUUACCCCAUCAGCAAACUGCUCGACACGAUCCUGCACCAAGAAAUCAGUAACUUCUACACCCGGGAGAAGUUGCUGGAGAUGCUGCGAGUUACCGACCCGUACCACGACCUGGUGAAGGAGGAGCUCAACAUCAUACAGGGAGCCCUGGAGCUCAGGACCAAGACGGUGGAAGACGUGCUGACCCCGCUGAACGACUGCUUCAUGCUGGUGUCCGACGCGGUGCUGGAUUUUAACACCAUGUCCGAAAUCAUGCAGAGCGGCUACACGCGAAUACCGGUGUAUGAGAACGAGAGGUCCAACAUCGUGGAUAUCCUGUUCGUCAAAGACCUGGCUUUCGUCGACCCUGAUGACUGCACCCCUUUAAAAACCAUCACCCAGUUCUACAAACACCCCAUGCACUGCGUGUUCAACGACACCACGCUGGAUGCUAUGCUGGAAGAAUUCAAGAAAGGUAAAUCCCACCUGGCCAUUGUGCAGAGGGUGAACAAUGAGGGCGAGGGGGACCCCUUCUACGAGGUGAUGGGCAUCGUCACCCUGGAGGACGUCAUCGAGGAGAUCAUCAAAUCCGAGAUCCUGGACGAGACCGACCUGUACACUGACAACCGCAGCAAGAGGAGGGUUUCUCACCAUGAGAGGAAGCAGCAGGACUUCUCCAUCUUCAAGCUGUCAGAGAACGAGAUGAAGGUGAAGAUCUCACCUCAGCUGCUCCUCGCCACGCACCGCUUCCUGUCCACAGAGGUGGAGCCCUUCAAGCCCUCCCACCUGUCGGAGAAGAUCCUGCUGCGGCUGCUGAAACACCCCAGCGUGGUCCAGGAGCUCAAGUUCGACGAGAAGAACAAGCGGGCGCCACAGCACUUCCUGUUCCAGCGCAACAAGCCCGUGGAUUACUUCGUCCUGGUGCUCCAGGGGCGGGUGGAGGUGGAGUUCGGAAAGGAGGCCCUCCGCUUCGAGAACGGGGCCUUCGCCUACUAUGGAGUGCCGGCCAUCAUGCCAACCCUCUCUUCAGUCCACAGAUCCCCCUCCCGCAGCAGUGGGCUCAACCGCUCUGACUCCAUGAUCUACGGGGGCAGUAUGAGCCAGCUGAACGCCAGUAACAGCGCGUACCUGCCAGACUACUCAGUCCGCCAGCUCACAGACCUGCAGAUCAUCAAGAUCACCCGCAGCCAUUACCAGAACGCCCUGACGGCCACACGGAUGGACAGCUCCCCGCAGACCCCUGACACGGACGCCCAGAUGAACGAGGACAGCACACCGGACCCAGAAGCCCCCGCACCCAACAACAGCGCCCCCCUCCCUCCUCCCUCAAGGGAGCCACGCCCCAGCUCCGCCCGGUCCCGCCCACAGCAGUCCAGUGUCCCACACAGCACCACGGUCCUCAACGAGAAGAACCGCAUCGUCCGCAGCAAGUCAGAUGGCCAGAAGAGCCCCAGUGACUCUGUGUUCCUAAGGAUGGACGAGAUUCCGUACAUUCGAGAGGAUCGGCCAGAGGGGAAUGGAGACACCAUUACUGUUCCCAUGGAGACGGACACCCUCACCUCCCCCUUCAUCAGCACGCUGUCCUUGAGCGGCUCGGAGGAGACUUUGGGAAAAAAGCUGCUGCUGAAACUGAGCAAUAAAAAGAGGAAGAAGUCUCGCGAAGGGGACAGGAGUCCAGAUGACCAUUCAGAACAGCCUCUAGUGAAGACCUAGCA